AUGCUGCCUGGAACGCCCUCGAGGACUCCGAACCGUCGCGAUCUGCGCCGCAGGGGCAGGAGGAGCCCCGUCGCCCGCUCCUCCUCCAUUCUCGGCUCCCUCAAAAGUUUUAUCACAACCCCACUGUCGUGGUUCACGUCCCAAGAGGACCUACAAGAGGACUUUGAAGACACACCCGGAAAGCGGCGGAGAAACCCCGAGGCCGCCGAGCGCGACGACCGGGAGCACGAGGAAGGGGAAGGACGGGCGAAGCGGCAGCGUGUGCACAGUCCAGAGCCAGAGCCAGAGCCCCCUCAGCAGCGGCGCCGGCUGCUGAGCGAACAGCCCGUCGCAGGCUACCUCGAUGUUCCGGAGGGUCUGAUACCCCAGCAUGAUGCUCUGCCUCGUCUCUCGAUGGGCCAUGCGCGGUCCUCGUCGCUGGCCACAGCGCCCCCGCGCUCAUCCGCGGUCCGCCUCGACCGCCACUCCCUCUCCCCACUCGCCGGCCCGUCGUACGUGCAGCCGCUCAGCAUCGCGCGCACGAUGUCCAUGGAUCCGCCGACGGGAUACCGCCCCCGGGCUUUGUCGCGGGACGUCUCGAUGGGCGUGGCCUCCGCACGCGAGGCGACAAUGACGCCGUCCCGUACACCGUUCCAAGUGCGCCCGCGCACGUCCAUGACACCCCAGCCGUGCGGCCAAGGGUUCGGUCCCGCCGUCCCGCGCCUCCACCGCGACACGUCCGAACCGCCACCGCUCGAGACUCUCGUGUCGACCCCCCAAUUCGUCAAGGCCCCGCUGCAGACGCAGCCACAGAGACAGAUGCCCGCGAUAGAACCGAAGUUAACACUUGGAUCGCUGGCGGAAUCGCAGCCGAGGACACGGCGCAUGUCGCCCUUCGGCGAUGUUCCCCAGAGUCGCCCGUCGCUAGGGCAGAGCAGCGCGGUGCUCAUGGCCCGCUCGGGCUCCCUUGACGGUGGCCGCAAGCGUCCUGAGAACUCCGCAGAGAAGGUGUUGCAGGACCUUGACGUGUACAAGACACCGCUCCUGCCGACGCGCCUGCGUGGCGCACCCAGCACCCCCGACAUGUUCAAGACCAAGAAGAUGCCCAUACCCGUGCUCAUGGCCGGCGAACACGACAAGAAGACCCGUCUCGGCUCAGCCGACAAGGAAGAGCCGGGCGCCAAGCCGUACGCUGGGAAGGGCGGCAUGAAGAAGCUGCUGAUGCGGAGGAAGCAGGAGGAAGAGGAGGAUCGCGAGAAGGAUAGGGAGUCCGCCAUGGACGAUGACCAGGACGAUGGUCCGAGCGAGGUUGCUCAGCAGAAGGCACCGGGGCCGCGCGAUGUGCCCCCUCUUCCCCGCCUUAUUGUACCCGAGUUCCCGCCUGCACCUGCGGCGGGCAGACCCUCUUCACUGCGCGUCGGCCGCAACAAGAUUUCACGAUCUCAUGCGCCAUCUGUGCAGCGUGGCAAGAACCGAUUCUCUGCCGUGGAUGAGGACGAGGAUGCUGACGAUGCGAUGCUCACGUCUGAGGAUGCUCAGGCGGAGGCUCCCAAGCCACCAUCUCUCUUCCAAGCCCCGGCUGGGUUCAGCUUCGCCCAAGAGACCGCACCGAUCAAAGCAGACUCGAGCACGUCCAAAGAACCACCGAUCGCCUCGCUGCCAUUUUCCUUCAAUAAGCCCAGCUCAGAACCCCCCAAGGCAAGCACCGAGGGUGCGCCCUCGGUUCCAGCGGUUCCCAAAGAGGUCACCCAGCACGCUGCUCUCCCACAAAGCGGCCCCGCUGCUACGAACCAGGAAUAUGCAGCGAAGGUACCGACUGUUGCUGCUGGCUCCGCCCCACCCACGACUGCUGCCGCUCCAGCGACGCCCGUGCUGCAGAUGAUGCCCAGUAUCGCGCUGACGCCCCCGACACCAGCGGCGCCUUCGACGUCCGCGGAGACAACAGGGAAGGACGCAACGGCGGAGAAGGCGCCGUCCGCGAUACCCAACUUCUUUGCCACCUCUGCCAUCUUGUCCAAACCAACAGCCCCCAUCACGCUGCCGACGGGCACGUCGCUGUUCGGUGGUCCUGCAGCUACGAUGUCUUCUGCGCCUGCGAGUACCGUGGGUGGUUCUACCACGACGGCAUCCACGGCUACAAGCGAAGUGAAGGGUGCUGAACAGAGGGAGGCCGCAAAGCAGUCCGCGUUUAGCUUCGGCGGUGCGGCUUCGGACUCGACCGCACGCCCUGCGGGGUCAGCGGCUGGCUUAUUCUCAUCGCCGGCUUCAUCAGCGUCGAAGACUCCCUCGGAGACAAGUGCCGCAUCUGGAGCAGCCGUUCCUACGUCGAUCUUUGGGGGCGCACCCGCCAAGGAGCCGUCUUCCUCUGGAACGCCUUUCAGCUUCGGCGCGCCGGCGAAGCCUGCAGAGCAGCCCCCUGCAGGGUCGUCUCUGUUCGGCUCUGCACCGCCUAAGCCAGCGGAGCCCACCCCUAAGGCUGCUGCGAAUGCUACUACGACCCCGCAGCCGUUCAGUUUCGGUCCCCCAGCGAAGCCAGUAGAGACUGCGACGACAUCCAGUGCGUUCAGCUUCGGUGCCCCGUCGAAGGCUGCAGAGGCACCCGCACCUUCGUUGUUGGGUCCUCCGGCGAAUAUCGAGAAGCGGGCGAGUCCUGCACCGGCGUCCGGAUUCACCUUCGGACCGCCAAAGGACCAGCAGGCGAAGACGCCCGAACCGACUUCGACUCCGGCCGCCGAACCUUCGAAACCCUCGCUCUUUGGCGCGUCGUCGACGCCGUUCGGCGGGUUUGGUACUGCAACUGGCAACACCGAGCCUGCGAAGGCGCCCUUCACGUUCGGUCAGCCCGCCGCGCCUGCUGCAAGCACCCCAGCUGUGCAGGCCCCCAAACCCCUCUUUGGUGGUCCGUCUAGCAGCUUCCCAUUCGGUGGUGGAGCCCAAACAAGCACCGCACCGGCGGAGCCCGUUGUCCCUGCGAAGUCGCCGUUCUCAUUUGGUGCGUCGCCGGCGACGCCUCCUACGACAUCCACAGACAAGCCAGCAUUCUCCUUUGGGUCGGCAAGCGAGACGACCUCGGCUCCGCAGGCACCGAUGAUGUUUGGCGGACCGACUGGUGGCAGUCAUGGCACGGACGUCUCGAGCAAGCCAUUCGCGUUUGGCGCCGCUGCCGCACCGGCGCGGCCGGCGACGCCGCCUCGCCAUGACCAAGAAGUGAGCAUGGACGAAAGCCCGACGCGGGGUGCUGGGAUGUACAUGAAUGGACAUGGUGAUGCCAAGGAGCCUCUAAAGCUCACAACUGGGUUCUCGUUCGGAGCGCCGGGAACGAGUGCAGCGUCGCCCUUUGGUCAGAACACGCAAGCCUCGUCAUCCACUCCCUUCGGGUUCGGCGGCUCGUCGAGUGCAUCAAGUAUCUUCGGAGGCGCCAAGACGGAGAACAAGCAGGAGACGAAGACUUCGUCUGGCUUUGGCUUUGGUCAGCAGAGUGGAUCCGGGUUCGGUUUUGGGCAGAAGCCUGCUGACGCUCCGGCUCCUUCGUCGUCUCCCGCCCCAUUCGGGGGCUCGGCUGGGUUUGGACAAAGUUCUGCGACACCCAGUGCAGCUGCACCGUUCGGCUUUGGUCCAUCGACAUCCUCCGGGAGUACUGGUGGGUUUGGGCAAGCGGCGGCGACGUCGACCACUCCCAGCCCUUCCACAUUUGGCUCAACACCGUUCUCGUUCGGUGUAACCCCCACUUCAGCAACGGCACCAUCAAAUCCCUUCUCAUUCGGUAGCCAACCGGCAUCUCCAGCGACGGCGAACCCUGGUCUACCGUCUGCAUCGGGGACUACCAAUCCACCAUUCCAGUUCGGUCAGCCUGGGCAAGCAUCAGCGCCUUCAAGUGCCGCGCCGUUUGGUGCCUCGGCAGCUCCGCCACCUGGUGGCGCGAUCUUUAACAUUGGGGCCGCGUCAGCCCCUGCCCCGACAGCGGGAGGAGCAAGACCUGUGAAGAAACUGCCCACUCGUAGGGCUGGAAAACGCUAA